AUGACUAAAGACGGCGUGUCUCUGCGCUCCCUGAACAAGACAUUAAACAGGGUAGAAAAUAAGCUGCAGACCUUGGAAACUCAGUUCAAAGAUCUGAAGUCAAGCUUGGACAAACUGGCAUGGAAGUUUGAACGUCACAGUGAGAUGCUGGACAAUCAGAUGAGCCAGGAUGCAAUGUGGAUAUCCAUGUCAGAAGACAGACAGACCUCUGCAGAGAUCAACCUCCUGCUCAGCCGCACGUGUGAAACCCUGGCCUCCCUGUGCUCCCUGGUGACGGCCCAGGUGCCUGACCUGGCAGCCGGCCUCCCCAGCACGGCCGCCGUCCUGAGGCGCAAGGCCAGGCACCCGAGGAUCCAGCGGGACAAUGCUGUAUUUCGUCUUCAGAAAACGAUGGAACUAAGUCUGUAUCAGAAGCGGCUUUUGAAGGACAUGCAGAUACUGAAUAAUUGA